UGGCACAUAAAAAUCGCUAUCGGAAAUACAAAAUUUUGUGCUCUGCAGUUUUGUGGUAAAGUAUUCGCUUGCACAAAAAUCUAGUUCACAGCGAUUUCCUGAGUGUACUGAAGUGUGAAACGUUGCGGUUUGGUCGAAAUAAGUGAAAUGAAAAGAAAAAUAGCCGGUAGUGCAAUUCAAGUCACCCAUCUGUGUCUAUAAAUCUCUCGCAGUUAUGCUGCAUUUAUAAAGGCCACAAACAAUGGUAAAUUUUCUCAUUCACUUUUGGAAAACAAAUGACAAUGUUGAACUUACCUUUGCUGCUGAUCCCAGUGCUCAUCUCAUUUACACUCCACUUAAGUGCAGGUCAGGCAUUGCACACAAAUGCACAGCAAAAUUUUUGGGAAUCCUUUGUACCUGGCGAACUGCUCCGGCUUUUGGAAAGCUCUACCUUAACAACACCCGAUGUGGGUAGCAAUGUCGCACAACGCAGAUCAGAUGUAGUAUCAUCAGCAUUAACAUUACCCGCUAGCGGGGAUAACAUCGUGCCUUUAAAACCAAAUUCAAUUCAUAAACGUUCAGGUUCAUCAACUGAUAACACUCAAGAUCAACAAAAUGCACCAUCAAGUGAUGAAUUCAAUUACGAUCAGGCUUACGAAGAUUUCGUGCGUCAAUAUUUUAGUGACAAACUAGAAGAAGAUAACGAUUCUAAUGAAAAUCAUGAAGAAGCACAAGAUAGCGAAGAGCAACAAUUAGAAACGGAACACAAUUCUUCAUCAACGGAAACGGAACCAUUGUCGGGGGAAACGAAAAAUCGCGUGCAACGCAAAACAAAAGAGAAAUGCCGACGCGUUAGGAAGAAUAAGCAAAAUUGUUUGAUUUGUGAAAAUGCGCUCAGUGGUGAAAAAUCAGAAUCAUGCUCUUUUUCGCGUGAAAGUGAACCGCAGAAAUAUGCAUUCGAGAGGGAAAGAAGCUAUAAGAAACAGCGUGAUGCUGAGGAACCUUCAUCGCGAAGUGUUGAACAAACAUCUUCGGAAGAGGCGAAGGCAGCGGAAUCUGACAAAAGUGAUGAAGAGAUUAAUAAAAGAAAUAUCAAAAGCAAUCGCCGCCAGGCUAAAAUCUCAAGAAAUAGUAGCUCAUGUAUACAAAUGAUAAAGCGUGGGAAAAUUUGCUAUCAGUGUGUGGAUGGCGAUGGCACGACCACCAAGUGUUAUGUGCCCAGAGGAAGGACGAAUGAAAGAGUGGAUAAUAAGGCACGUCCAGCCGAAGGAAAAGAACAUAAAGUGCAAAAAACACAGCAACGCAUUUACAAACGAACCAUUUCGUAUUCUUUCGAAAAGGGUACAAAUGGCACUGCAGCAAAUGAGCCGCCGGUUGAGGCCGACCAGGAAGAAGAUACUGCAGCAAAAAGCAGUGCACCAAAUUUAAAGGAAAAAAUAUUCAUUAAAGUGGUUAAGCAAAACGAAACAAUAGCAGAAUAGUUUUUAAAUGGUUCUUGCGAAAAACGAAAUAUAGUCGGCGUGAUUGUAGUCCAAAUUAAACAAAAUUAUUCACGUUUGUGCUAGUGGUAAACUGUCGUGUAUUAAAAACGCAAAAUUUUAGAAUAAUCGUAGAAAGAUGAGGGGUAUCAUUAAGUGCAAUGCUAUUUUGCUCAGACGGGAAAAUGUUGAGCCUUCGUAAAACCUGCACAAAUUACCCACUUUAACCCCAAAUCUAAAAAUAUCGCACUUUAAAAAUGUAAUUAUUUACGUAUUAUCCUACCAAAGUUUUGUUACAGUUGAUUUUUGUUAAUUCUUUUGCAAAAUUCACGAAUAAAACUUUAUAAUUUCGCGCCGUAAAAACAAAUGUAUUAACUGACUUUAACUGUCAAAUAUGUGUGAAAAAGAGAGAAAUAGAAAAGGGAAAAGGAAACAGAAAUAUAAAUUUAAAUUUAAUAUUUGAAAAAUAAUUGAAUAGACUGGAUCACUUUUCUCAUGAUCCUCAUAGACCGAAC